GGCGUGAUAGGAGACCUGGUGACACAGUAGCCUUUCGGCAGAGCUCCUGGGAUGUGCAGGAAGUGCGGCCGCAGGUUUUGUUGGGGGGAAAUCUGAGCCAUUUCUCUGUGGACAGCUGGGUUGCAGAGUCUGGGCAAGUUGCUGUUGAAUUUUGCACGGGCUGCCAAAAGUUUGUGGAAGUAUAAUACUUUGUCAUUAUGCGAUGUCGUCUCUCGGUCCCUCCUUUGUGCAAAUUAAAUUUGAUGACUUGCAGUUUUUUGAAAACUGCGGCGGAGGAAGUUUUGGGAGUGUUUAUCGAGCCAAAUGGAUAUCACAGGACAAGGAGGUGGCUGUGAAGAAGCUACUCAAAAUAGAGAAAGAGGCGGAAAUACUCAGUGUCCUCAGUCACAGAAACAUCAUCCAGUUUUAUGGAGUAAUUCUUGAACCUCCCAACUACGGUAUCGUCACGGAAUAUGCCUCCCUGGGAUCACUGUAUGAUUACAUUAACAGUAACAGAAGUGAAGAGAUGGACAUGGAUCACAUUAUGACCUGGGCCACUGACGUAGCCAAAGGAAUGCACUAUUUACACAUGGAAGCUCCGGUCAAGGUGAUCCACAGAGAUCUCAAAUCAAGAAAUGUUGUUAUAGCUGCUGAUGGGGUAUUGAAGAUCUGCGAUUUUGGUGCCUCUCGGUUCCAUAACCACACAACACACAUGUCCUUGGUUGGAACUUUCCCAUGGAUGGCUCCAGAAGUUAUCCAAAGUCUCCCUGUAUCUGAAACUUGUGACACAUAUUCCUACGGUGUGGUUCUCUGGGAGAUGCUAACAAGGGAGGUCCCCUUUAAAGGUUUGGAAGGAUUACAAGUAGCUUGGCUUGUAGUGGAAAAAAACGAGAGAUUAACCAUUCCAAGCAGUUGCCCUAGAAGUUUUGCUGAACUAUUACACCAGUGUUGGGAAGCUGAUGCAAAGAAACGGCCAUCUUUCAAGCAAAUCAUUUCAAUUCUGGACUCCAUGUCAAAUGACACCAACCUCCCUGACCAGUGUAACUCAUUCCUGCACAACAAGGCCGAGUGGAGGUGUGAAAUUGAAGCAACUCUGGAGAGAUUGAAGAAACUAGAACGUGAUCUCAGCUUUAAAGAGCAGGAACUCAAAGAACGAGAAAGACGUCUGAAGAUGUGGGAGCAAAAACUAACGGAGCAGUCCAACACCCCGCUUCUCUUGCCUCUUGCUGCAAGAAUGUCUGAGGAGUCUUACUUUGAAUCUAAGACAGAGGAGUCAAACAGUGCAGAGAUGUCAUGUCAGAUCACAGCAGCAAGUAACGGGGAGGGCCAUGGCAUGACCCCGAGUCUGCAGGCCAUGAUGCUGAUGGGCUUUGGGGAUAUCUUCUCAAUGAACAAAGCAGGAGCUGUGCUGCAUUCUGGGAUGCAGAUAAACAUGCAAGCCAAGCAGAAUUCUUCCAAAACCACAUCUAAGAGAAAGGGGAAGAAGGUGAACUUGGCCCUGGGGUUCAGUGAUUUUGACUUGUCAGAAGGUGAUGAUGCUGAUGAUGACGGUGAUGAGGAGGAUAAUGACAUGGAUAAUAGUGAAUGAAAGCAGAAAGCAAAGUAAUAAAGUUGAAAAUGUUUGGAAAAACAAAAGAAGCUUGUUAUCUCAGUCUGUACAAAAACCAGUAAGGAGGUAGAAAACCAAGCAUGGCAAUUGUAGGCCAAGUACAUUUGUAUGACAGUCAUUUCUUUGCUGAUUUUACUUUUGAUUUGCUUUUGCUUUACAGAAAAAUGGGGCAGGGGAGGGGAUCAAGCCAAAAAGGUAUAUGAAUCAGCAAAUGUGGUGCCUGAUUAUAGAAACUGGUGAUUCCAUAUACAAUAUAGUAUUUUUAACUAAUGGCAUUCUGACUUUUUCUUUAAUGAAUAGCUUGAUAGCUUGUAUUUGAUUUGGUUUGAUUUCGUUUAUUCAAUUGCAUAAGAAAACUUACAUUUUGAGUAAGCACUCUUAACUUCUAAUUCUUCUUUGACACUUGAUUUUCUUAUAACAUGCUACUUUUUUUUUCUUGUGGCAAUACACUGUACUGUCAGAAAUAAUUGAUAGUGACUACAAAGCCAACAAUAAGAAAAGUGAGAUGAAAGAAGGUUAUAACAAAUACCUCUUCAGAAAUACCUAAGUGCCAAGAAUUUUCAAUACUUCAUAGCACAACUAUUCAAAGUAAAACCUGGGAGAUGUUCUCAAUAGUACAGGAAGGAGAAAUAGUCUAAUUUGAAAACAGCAGAUGUCACAGGCUUCCAUCCCAGUGCUGGCCCUGGAAGCUUCUGGACAACAGCACGCUGCCAUCUAAGGCUCACUUUGUCCUUCAUAGAAAGGGAAAGAGAUACUUCCCUUUCUUAAAGGGAUGGUCUUACAGGAAUACUUUCAGGCGGUGUGAGUGUGAUACAGGCUCUGCCCUUGCGGUAUGCGUGUUUGCUUUCCAGAAGGGCCGAUCAUCUUGGAUUCUAAACACAUGUACAGAUUUUUUUAAAGAAGGAACUAUUGUAAAAGGAAUGACAAAGAUAAGUUUUCAUCACUUAGGCAAAAGUGCAAGAGGAAGGGUUCUUUUUAUGUCGAAUGCAGCCUUCCAGAGUUGUGUUUCUCGAACCCUGACCAGGUGAUGCCGGUGUUACAGAGAAGUAGUCGUCGGUGCCACUCAGAAAACCCAGGCAGCCAGGGAGAUCCUCCCAAUGUUAUUGCGUGUUUGCUAAAGGUUGUUUAAACUAUUAAAUACUGUUUCUUUAAAAAAAUUCUGAAACAUUUAUAGUUAUAUCAAAAAAAGACGAAAGAACAAAGACUUUUCUCAGCCUAAAUUAGAGGGCAGUGCCAUUCAUUUGACUGUUAAAUCAAAGCGCUUUCAGUGGUUCUUUUUAUGGGAGAUUUAAGAAAGGAUAUCAUCAUAGAUAUUAUCUAGCACUAUUUCCAAGUAUAUUUGAUCGUAAAAAGCCUCCUGGAAUUUGAAGCCUGGCAUGCUUCUGAUCCCCAUUAAAAGCUGAAAAAUACACAAAAUGUUCAGUACACCAUUCCACCUUUUUUUGGAGAAAAGUAAUGAAUAAAAUGUUGUGGGCGUGAGAUGUAGAACAGCCUGCGUACGUGGAGGGAUGGAGAGAGCGAUCUGAAGUCAGUGUGGUUCAGAGCCUUGGUCUCCUUACUGUGCCGCCGUGGGCACACUAUUGAACCUCUGUGUGUCCAUUUGCUCCUUAACAUGAGAAUGAUAAUAGUACCUACUUUGAGGAUUGUUGUGAGGAUUAUUAUUUAUUAUUAUUAUUAUUAUUAUUAAAUAAUACAUGUAAAGCCCCUAAGUACCAGGCCCAUGGUAAAUGGUCAGUUAAUAUUACCUCUUGUAAUUAUGUCAGUGAAAAGGCACUGAAAAAUAAGUGGUUUCAGUAACCUUCUAGAAAACAGAACUAUCGACUUCAAGUGAUAAUUGUUUAGUAUGAUAUGAAAUUAAAAGUGGCUCGCUUUCAGGAAAGGAUGUGAGCUGUAGCUUUAUUCCAUUGCUCUGUGAAGUGACCGCCGACAGACUAAGUAAACACAGAAAGAAGAGGUAAGCGUCUCACCUAGAAUAUGGUUCCCCACUCACCCAAUCUGGUACAUAGAUACAGAUAAACACCCACCACAGUAGACUGCCGAUGACAGAUCGGCACAUACCUUCCUAAGCAUCCUGUCUGUGCUCCCUGACUCAAGGCAAGCCACUCUAGCAAAAAGGCUGGGAGUGGAGCUUAAGGGACAGUUUUCAACUCUUGACUUCCCAGCAUGCUCUGGGUUACUAUGGCUUAGCAACCUGAAGGAGAGAGCCAAAGAGAAUAGUUGAAAAGCCUCUUGCUAUAAGAGGGCUAAAUAGGAAUGGAGGGAAAAAUACCAAAGAAUAAAAAUAUAAACUGAAAACUAAUCCUCUUGCACAUUUUACCAGGCAAAGAUAAAGUCAUUCGUUCCACAAACAUUCAUCGAGCCCCUUCUCUGUGCCAGGUACUAUUCUAGGCAACAGCAGGACAAAAACAUUUGCACUUGUGGCCCUUACAUGCCAGAGAGCAGAGAUCAACAAUAAAUAAAGCUAAUGUGUAAUGUAGUUGAACACAUUUGCGAAGGGCCUGCUGACAAGUGCAGCAGGGAAGGAGGCUCAGGUGCACGGGGAGUGUGCGGUUGUCCAACGUGCGGUCAGGACAGGCCUCCCCCCUGACGAGGGCAUCUCUGUGGGCUGAGUUUGGGGUCUGUGCACUUUACGUAAGGGCAUAAGCUUUGCCCCUCCUUAGGGACAAUCAGCAAUAAAUUUAAAACAUAGGAGCUGAAUGAAAUUGAAUUUUUUCCUCUACAUAUAAAUCUGUUAUGAUUAUACAUGAAGUUUUGCUGCAUUAAUAAAACCAGUCAAAUAGGGCCAAAAGAUAAAGGUAAUAGGACUCUAUACCCAGACCCAGAGUCACCAUGAAUUAGGUAAUACUUUGUUCAUCUUUCAAUUCCUGCCAUUUCCCACCAAUAUUCCAGAGAUGGUUAGAACUCAAUACUCUGCCAUCAAGAAACUGCUAGCAUUGAAGACAUAGCAGAUUGAUCACUGAGGUCAGUGGUAAGCUUGAAAUUGCUCUUCACGAGAAUUAGGCUACAGGCCGUGACCAUAUGGUCCUGGCUAUUUCCUGUGUGUUCCAAAUCAGUAUCUUUCUCAGGUGUUGAACAUCCCUGAAACCUGCAUCAUAAAACUGAAUUUUAAUGUGGUCUCCCUCUGUGAAGGUUAGAAGACUUUAGACUCUGUUAUUAGUUUUAUUAAGUUUAAAAAGAAAUGGUUAUCGGCCAUAUGCAUAAAGUCUAAUGCUGAAGUUAAUUGUGCAUCUUCUAAUUCACUUUUCAGAUCAGUUUUAGAAACAGCAGUUUUAUUGCUGUUGAAUUUAUUUCUAAUUAUUUGACUUACAAAAAGGGGCAUUUAUAAGAGAAGAGAAAGAAACAAAUUUGAAGAUUCACAAUGAGAGUUGAAACUCUAAAGUGUAGUAAUAAUUGUCAGAGCCACACAAGUGCAAAUACACUAUUCUUUCAGCUCUUUUCCUUUACUCAUAAAGGUGACCGUGUGGAAUCUGGUGGCACCCUGCUAGUGGUGCUCACCAGAGGCAGGGCUGGCACCUUAGGGUGAGGGGAGUGCUAGCCAUCGUUCUGCCUGUCGUGGUGGCCAUGAUGUAUUUAGUGCCCAGUGGCCAAAAUGGUAACAUCCCAAAUGCCAGGGACGGUCGCACCCCAGGAAGAAUUCCAUCCAAAAUACCCGUUUUCCCCUCCUCCACUGAGAAGCUUGCUGAUAAACUUGGCAGUUUCAGAGUUCCAUGUCUAACUUUUUCCCCACCCAAA